CGGGCGGCAUCUCGCCGACCGGGGGAACUGGUACUUCGCGCGAACGGAUGCAACGGAUGAAAGCGGCUUGUGCACAGAAUAUACGGCGGUGCGGCGCUGUUUCGUUCCUACCAUGCGUCAAUCGACGCCGGAUGGCGGGUCGUUUCUUUUUGGGACAGACAGUAGCGACGUCGGCAGGCUAAACGGUGGGGACGCGGUAUAGGGAAACCUGUCUUUUUAUAUAUACGGUGGGAACAUUCAACCUUAGCCGACUCACUAUGCGAAAUUCCGUUUUGUCUUGUGACAUUUCGCGCAGCGACCGGGCAAUCCCCUGUCCGCCCCUCCUCUUCUCACGGCUCUCUGUACAAUAAUUGAGGAAAUAUUGAUAAAAUGCUGGACCGGCUGGUCAAUUUCACACAUUUGGUCCCUGAUGUCGGCAACCAGAAACCGAAAAGGCAGGAACAGCGGGAAAAUAUACUAAAAUGCCGAAAACGCGGAUGCUUACACGCUCUGUCUCGAGUACUCGUCCAAUCAGUAUGACGCUGAACUUGGAAUGCUCCGAGGAGCCUCUCAGCGAGGCUCAGCUGAUGCUGAAGACAAAGAUCAAGGAGAAUUUCGACAGGGUUGCAAGCACCUUAGAAGAGAUAGUUACGGUUCACGGAGGUAAAUUAAUAUGCCAGACUGGGAUUGUCAGCGCUUAUCAAUACACAUUACCUACAUCAACGCCACCAGCAAUGAUUCAGAGUAAUACUCAAAUUUUAAACGUCGCUCAAAACAAGAACCAGCCGAUCAAACUGAAUAUUGGUAACACAAAUCCAUCUCAAGGGAAUAUUCAAUUGGUAGUUGAUCCACGGAUGGGAGUCAUUCUGGGAUCUGUCACACAACCCCAAGGCACGGUUACCACAACCACCACGACGUCGUCAACUACCGCACAGGUUCAGCAAGAAAAUUACAAGUAUACCAGGUCUGGUCGAAAGACGAAAGUUCUUCAGAUGCAGCAACAGCCUGAAAUUUUAGAAGAGGCUCCAACAAUAACUCGCAUGAGGCCAAAGCCUGUGCCUACGUCACAUGUUGUUACACCAAGCCCUGCAGCUACCACCACUCCACAAGGUGUGACGAACCUCAGGAUAAAGACUGUUAGCAAACAAACCCAACAAGUAAGCCAACAACAACCAACUGCCGUAACCAAACCUGCAGAGCACACUAGUAUAGGAGGAAUAUCCGUUGGCUGUAAAACUGCAGUUGGCGAACAGAUAGACGAGUCGAAAAAGAAUCAACCAGACGGCAGGGAAUUCACGUUCAACAAGACAGCCGGCGGCCGUACUUUUCCAUCUUUAGUAGUGGUGGCAAGGCCGAACUUACAUAACAAAGACAUCAGUCCGCAGAUAACGCAAAAGGAAAGAUCGGAAUUAGACGCCAAAGUUAAAGGCGUGCUCAUGUUCAACGCGACGAAGUUCGCCGAGUGGUUGAUCCAGCAAGGCCUAGUGAGAUCCGAGCAAUAUUGCCAAGUACACAGCACAAUCUAUCAGAAGACCAAGCUGAAGCUGGGGAUGUACAGUGAUCAGGGGACGUUCCCCUAUUCCGGCGGUUACGUCUGGAUAUCCAGCUGCUGCCCCGACAGAUUCGUCUCCGUCUUCUCCGGCUCCAUCUUCCAGAAAGCCCCUUACACGCCCACGGUCCUGCUGAAGUUGAUCUAUCACUGGGCGUGCCAGACCAACGUGCAGAAUGUGGUCGCUUGGGUGAAAGUGACGAACUUGUAUCUGAAAAAUUUUUACAAUAACCUACGUAGCGUCUGCACAGCGGCGGUUUGGGACAAGAGCCGCAAGAUGGGCGGCAGAAACUCCGUCAUACAAAUUGGCGUGAUUAGUUUAGGUACGACAUCUCAGGAUGGACAUUUGCGGCAAGUGAAAGUCGAGGUUCUCGGUGUUUUGGACCCCUCCACGUCGGACUUGCGGUUGCGCGCUUGCGAGCCGAUGCACGACGGGGAGAGAUCGUACAAACGUCGAUUCAACAAUAUCCUGAAUCCGUUGAAGGAGUGGGUCCACACGGACUCGCAGAUCAUGACGGAUUUCACCGUGGACAAGAGCACCCUGCAGGACAUGGGCUACAAGCACGUGAUACAGUCCGCGUUUUCCGAGCAAAAUCCGCGAAAUCUCAUGAGCAAUUACUACAUCAUGGAAUACCUCCGGAGAAUCGUGCCCAGAAUGUUUCAGAAUACGCUCAGUUUGCUCAGCAGGCAGAUGAUCCAGCAGUUUCUGGACGAAUUGGUGUGGCGAGAAAUGUACGCCGCCACGCCGGCACGCGCAUUCAACAAUAUUAUCCUGCAUAUCGCGGAGCAAACCAAACUCGACAACGAACCCUUGUUAGAUCGGCUGGCGAAGGUAGCCGCUAAUCCGUUUCACAAUUGGGCCUACACGAAUCCGCAAACCGCCGCGCCACCGGCGUUACCGAACGACUCGUCCUCCGUCUCGUCGAUAAGCGACAUAUCUUCUCUGUCGUCUCAGAACACGAAUCCCCCGGAGAUAGUGCUGCUGAAACCUCUCGCGAAACGCGGAAGGAAGCGUAUCCAUCCAUUAGGGGGCUCAGAACCGGACCCGAAGAGGGCCUCGAUCGAUCCCAAAAAUAAUAAGGAGAAGGAAAAUAAGGGCGAGAAGGAGCCGAAGGAACAGAUUCAGCUUCAGGAGUUGUAUUAUGCCACGAUGGAGGGCGAUAAGGAUUUGAUUAUGAAGGAGCACAAGUCCUCGCUGCGUUUCCAGUGUUUCCUGUGCACGACGGUAAUGAACUCUAACACAGACGUGAUGGAGCAUAUGGUCAGUCAUGUACCUCCUCAAGUGCCCGGCCAAUCGGAAUUGUCGGUUUGCCGGUACUGUUGCACCGCCCUUUCGUCGAAACAUCACAUGCUCACUCAUGUGGCGGAGACCCAUAGCAAUUUCGGCCAUUCCGACGGCGUCAUGGUGGUCUGCGCCAUUUGCGAAGAGAAAUUCGGAAAAAGUAAGUCGUUGAUCGACCACUUGUCCUCGAUGCAUUAUCCUUCCGAAAUGCCGUACCGAUGCGAGAGUUGCGGUUACCGGACGUCCAGCCACAAGGACGUAAUAGACCAUUAUUAUAAAGUCCACGAGAAAGGCGAAGGAUUGCAGUGCCCUUAUUGCCUAAAGGUAGUGCAAUUCACGAGCGAGGGUAACCCGAGCGCAUCCAGCGUUUACACCUAUUUGUCACACAUGCAAAGACACAUUGUAAGAAGGGACCAAGGGAGAGGUAACAAGUGUUCGAGAUGUUGCCUUUGGUUCAACCAAAAGAGUUUGUUGACGAUGCAUCAGCGACAGCUGCACGACUUCGUCUCUAAUUCAAAGGUGAUACCGUAUUCAGCUGGCAGUAGUGGAAUAAUGAUCUCGAAAGAGCAGCCAGAGGCGAUACGAUUCGACGUAGAUAGUCCGAUCCCGGAGUUACCACCGGAUGAAAAGAUACAGAAAUGGAGCACCGGACCAAUCACAGUGAACACUUCCGUCAGCCACUUACCGUGCCAGGAGUGCGAGGAGGACAUCGAUGAGGAGGAUCAUUACCCAGGCGAACAGCAAUGCACGCAGUGCCGUUAUGUCACCUGUUGUUGGCGCGCCUUCAAGGAGCAUCAACAGCAAAUUCAUAACGAAAGGCCGAAGACCAGUCUGGUCGUGCCAUCUCCUUUGAUCAACAUCCCGUUGGAAAAGAAACUACGGUGCCCGUGUGGUUACACGUCGACCGACGGCAAUCAAUUAGCAACACAUUUGAUAAAGUGUAAGAGAAUAUCGGCAUAUCCUGUAGAAGAUUCAACACCGUCUGGCAUGCUGGAUAGUUUGGGAUUAGUUCCGAGAACCGCUUCUGAGGCUGACGCACACGAGAAAUCUAAUUCCCGCAAUUAGAUGUGACGUGACUUCAAACAAAAGGUCUAUUCCUUUUUUGCCGAACCAACAUUGUAGAAUUUAAAAAGAGAGACAAAUAUAUAAGUAGACUCGGUGGGAGGAAGAGGAGAGAGCCGAUGCAGCUGAUUCAGCGAAAAAGAACAGACCUAAUAAUGGCACAUAGGCAGACAUGUGAAGUUGCAAGAAAAUUAAAAACGUGUGUAUGAUCUGUUUAGAUUGAAAUACAUGAUAUCGAUCUUCCAAAAGCAGUUUUUCAAUGUUGCGAUAUUCAUUUGGUUAAACAGAUCGAAGCUCUAUUUGGACGUAAAUUGCUCGACGAUCGAGCAGAAUCUACAAUUCUAUUUUGUUAAUUCGUAUAUGUAAUAAUCUGAUAUUCUCGCUGUUUAAUUAUUAUGUGUUACGUUUUGAGUUGAAAUAUGUACAUCUUUGAAUUCAUCGGUGAAAAAGCACUGCACAAUACAUAAUGGUAUUAGAAUAUAAUCUCUCCUCUCAUUGCAAUAUAUAGAAUGUAGUAAAGUUGGGAUGGUACAAUCAAGAAAGAGGAAGCUUAUAAAAAAUAAACUUUGUGUUAUUCACUAACUACAACCUGAAAUCUUCUGAGAAGAAAUGUAAAAUUCUAGAGAUUUAUUUUUGCAUAAAAAAAUUGCUUCUUCACUUGUACGCGAGUGAUCAAUUUUAUAUAUCCUAUAUAUCAAGAAGUCCCGUUCAGCUCUAAAAGAGAAAAAAAGAGAUAACGAAGAAAGUAACUAUUCAAUAAUUUUGUAUAUUAAUACUUUAAUAAAAAAUGUAUAUUGUGGCAAAUUAAUAAAAAAAAAUUCGCGCAAUUCAUUUUGCACAUAAGAAAUCAUGUAUAAAACCAAAACAAUGUUCUAUAUUGUGUAAUUAGCGGUAAACUAUUUGAUAUUAAAGAAUAGUCAGAAUGUCAGUAUAUUGAUUGAAACAUUUUGUGCAUAAGGGUAUUAUUAUAUUAAACAAAAGUGCUUGCAUA